AUGGCUCACUCAGCACCUGGACAGACUCAGAAGAAAGGGGAUAAGAAAUGCAGAAAGACCAGGAAGGAGAGUUACUCUAUCUCCACGUACAACGUACUGAAGCAAGUUCAUCAAGACGCCGGUAUUUUCUCCAGGGUCAUGGGUAUCAUGAACUCCUUUGUCAAUGAUAUCUUCAAGCACUUGGCCAGAAAAGCCUCUCAUUUAGUGCAUUAUAACAAGCGCUCAGCCAUCACUUUCUGGGAGAUCCAGACCACUGUGCACUUGCUGCAGCCAGGAGAGCUGGCCAAACAUGCUGUGUCUAAGUGUACUAAGGCCGUCACAAAAUAUACUAGUUCCAAGUAA